AUGCUCUGCACAGACUAUAAAAUCCUGUCCAAGUUGUUGCCAUCACGGCCGCGAGGAGUCAUGGCCUUGGUUGUCCACAUGGAGCAGACGUACAGUGUGCCCAGCAGGCUCAUAGGGGAUAACAUCACCCUGAUCAGAGAAGUUUUGGAGGUGAAGGGUCUCAGUGCUCCGUUCAGUGGCAUCAGGCAGGGCUGCUCUUUGUCAGGGAUGCUCUACUCCCUCUCCAUCGAGCCCCUUCUGCAUCGGCUCAGAGCUGACCUGCAGGGGGCGCUGCUGCCUGGAGCAGUCUCUGCCAACGCAGACGACAUCAUGGUGUUCAUCAACUCUCUGCGGAAUAUUGAGGUCCUGGCUGACACUGUACAGUGUUUUGGCCAAGUCUCCAGCUCCAAGGUCAACUGGAGCAAGAGCUCAGCCACUCUGAGGUACUCCGGCCGCCGCAGGAGGGGGCAGCUGCUCAGCUUCCUCAUUGGACAAGCUAAACUGGCAGUGUAUGUGAGCAGGAGGAGGAAGGCCCAGGACCAGAGUGAGGUCAGUGUGAGGGUUCUGUUGGUCAGGAUCGUCCAGGCCAGACUCAGGCGGGAGUUUGGGCUCUAA